AUAGGCCUACAGGUGAUUGAUGCAACGUAAAACCGUGCUUACCUUAGCUUUACGUCAUUAACGGUUAAGUAAAUUGAUACGUAUAAAAUCUAAACGUUGUUACAAACGAUCAGUGUUUAACGGAAACGGAGUGAGGGAAAGUUACCGGACAUAAAAGAAUACUCUGGAGAGUUUAAGAAAAAUUUAAUCCAAGUAAGGAAAAGGAAAAAUAUUUCGUAAAGUUAAAAGGCAUUUAAAUCAAGAUCUGGAAAGACAAUGAAAAAAACUUCCGUUUCCGUAUUUUUCGUGUUAAUAGGACUUGUGUGGGGUCAGGGGUUAGAUCAACCCGCUAGCGAUGGUUUUGUUACAGAUCCAAUAGGUCCCACAGAUCCACCGUUAUCAUUAGAAGCCGCGGCUAGUAUACCAGGUUUAGACACUGUCAUGGAAAAUCUGAGUUCGAGUUUAGGUGGUGGAAGCGUAGAUACUGGUGGAUUCGUUCCGGCUACCAUUGAAUUAACCCCAGUUGUUGACACGCAUUUACCAUCGGCAAGUGCAUCAAGUUCAAAGAGCAGUGUUCCUGAUCUCAAUAGUAUCCUCAGUGGAGGAUCAUCUAGCAGUUCUCCAGAUAGUUCAUCGAGCCAAGGAAGCCAAAGUGGAUCAAUGCUUGGUGACUCUUCACGGAGUGGAGGAGCGAUGAGGGAUAGUGGUGCGGUGCGAAGAGGGGGUGCGAUGCGAGGUAGUGGAGGUUUAUCGAGAGGUGGAGGUAUUGGUGGUUCUGGUGAUUUUAUGAGUAUGGGUGGUAUUGGUAUGCCUGCUGGUAGAGAUACAAGAAGGGGCAGUGGCAGAUCAGACAGACGAGAGUCUACUGGAAUGGGAGGCAGACGAGACCCAUUAAGCAUGGAUCCAAUGCGAAUAGAUAUUGGAGGUGAGGGAAUGGGAAUGGAAGGUGACAUCAGAAUGGGUAUGUCAGACAGACGUGAUUCCAUGGGAAUGGGUGGAAUGCGUCCCGACAGAAGCAUGGAUUUUAUGGGAAUGGGUGGAAUGCGUAUGGAUCCAAUGGGAAUGGGGCGUAGAGAUCCUAUGAAUAUAGGUAUGGGUAGUCCCAGGGAUUCUACUGGACUUGAAAGAAUGGGAACUGGACCUGACCCACGAGUAAGCGAUAAUGGGCGACGUGGUCGUAUGGGUAGCCGGGGAUCUGAUUUAGACAGACGUACAUUGGGUGGAACUGGUACAGAUAGAAGAUCAGGUUCUAGAGAUAUGCGCAUGGAUUUGUCCGCAGCAGGAUCACGUGAUGGCUUUCGGGCAUCAAGCGAAGCAGGAAGAACUGACAGAAGAAGUGGCGGCAGAAUAGAUGCUCGCCGUGGACCAACAGGUCCAAUGCCAGUAGGUUUCAUGCCAGGUAUGGGAUUCGACCCUCGUAUGGGUGGACCACGAAUGAUGGACGGAUCAAUAGGAGUACCUAUGAGUGGUAUGGGUAUGCCAAUGGGCGGUUUGCCAAUGCCAAUGGGUGGCAUGGGAGCAUCAAUGGGUGGUAGUGCAAUGCCAAUGGGUGGUAGUGCAAUGUCAAUGGGCGGUAUGCCAAUGGGUGGACGUGGAACAUCCAUGGGAGGUUUGCCAAUGAGUGGAGGCGCAACAACUAUGGGUGUUAUGCCUAUGAGUGGGGGUUUUCCUAUGGGAGGAAUGGGUGGCGGUAACAGGACUGGUUCUACUGGAAUUGCAAUGGAUCCUCGAUUUGCUUCUUCAAUGAUGCCAGGAUCUGUGGACCCAAGAAUGGCGCGAUUUGCUGCCAUUGGUGGAAUGCCUGGUGGUAUGCCAUCCGGUAUGAUGUCUUCUGGUGGUUUCAUGCCUUCGGGGACAUUUAGUAGCGGAAUGCCGGGGACAGGAAUGAUUGUGCCAAUGGGCUCUUUUCCAUUUGGAAUGCCAGGCGGAUUCAUGGAUUCGGUACCAAUGAGUGGAGCAAUGAUGCCUUCAGGAAUGGCUAGUGGCAUACCCAGCGGUAUGUCAGGUGGUAUGCCAAGUGGUAUGCCAAGUGGUAUGUCAGGUGGUAUGUCAGGUGGUAUGCCAAGUGGUAUGCCAAGUGGUAUGUCAGGUGGUAUGCCAAGUGGUAUGUCAGGUGGUAUGCCAAGUGGUAUGUCAGGUGGUAUGCCAAGUGGUAUGUCAGGUGGUAUGCCAUUUGGGGGUUUCGUUUCUGGUUUGCCAGCACGUGGUGGUAUGGGACCAACUAUGGGACCAUCUAUGAGAGAUUCUAUGAUGGGACCAAUGGGUAGCGGUCCAAUGAGCAGUGAAUCUUCAGGACGAUCAUUGGGCGUUGAUUCCAUGGGUAGAUCAUCUAGUAUGGUAGGCAUGGGCGGGGAAACCAUGGGUAGACGAAGUCCGAACGGUAGGGAGUCAUUCAGUAGUGGACCAAUGGGCUUAGAUAGCUUGAUGGGUGGUGGAGCUAUGAGAAGUGGUGAUAUGAUGCGUGGCAGGAUGUCAGCACGUGGGAUGAUGUAAAAAGAAAACCUUGUCUAAACAUAGACAUUACGCAUAAUGACGAAGAAAUACGGCAGCGUGUGGAGGCCAUUUAUGCAAGAAAAUCCAUAAAUAUUCAUGUUAUUUUUAUGUUGUUUUACCCAGUAAAAUAUUUUGUAUUUUCUCUAUUUCACAUUGUAAUGGUUAUUUGUAUUAAAAUACUUCCGUAAUUAUUCAUUUCUCACCUGUCAUGUGCAAUAUGCACGAAUAUUUCGAGAUAAAAAUGUUUUGGAUUGAACUGAACUAAUUAAAAAUCAGUAUCUCCUGUCGCUAUCUUGUUUUUCAGCUUUGUACAUUUGCUGUGUAUGUUAACGUGUUAUAUUUGCUUCUAUUUAUUUCUUUUCGACGGUUUUAUAUUAAAACUAAUAUGCAGAGUGACACAAAAAAUUCGAUAUUGUAAAUCGAGCACCACCCUGUACUUUGCACUGAGAUUUGUUUUUUUGUGAAUGUCUCCGUUGAAUAUGUGAUGUGAAUUGUGAAGAUGGAUUGUUAGUCCUGACGGUUGUAGAGAUAAAUAAAUUUUGUUUUAAAGUAA